CACAACCACGGCCACAACCACUGCUCCUCUCAGCAAACUUCCUCUGCAAUUCUCUUUGCUUGUGGACCCCCCUGUUCCGUCUUGUCAGGAGGGAGUUUUCCUGCCCAAGUUUCUGCCCCCAACACCUGUAAAUGGAGAGCGUUUCCAAGCAGAGGUCAACAAGGAAGUGGCAAUCACAGUCAAAGCGCAGGCCACACACGCAACAAUAAACAAUAUCGUCGUCAGUGGGCCAAUGAAUAUCACCAAGCACUGGAACACACGUCGAGAGUUUGUCAUCAGGUGGACACCGAUCCAAAGAGACCUUGGACACCAUUACGUGAUCUGCUUUGCUGUUGAAGCAGUCCGAUCAUCUGCCAUCUAUCAGUCCGAGAUGAGGUGUGUUCUGGUGGACAUCAGGAAUGUAAUAGUUAAAUCCCAUGUGAUCUGCAGUGAGUCCUCAAUGACAGUAUCGGUUGAGAAAGCCUCAUUCCCUCAACUCCAUGAGGAUCAUCUGAAGCUCAGUGAUCCCUCCAACACGGCCUGCAGCCUCCAGAGACAAUCCAACAGCACUCACAUCAUCGCCACCAUCCCCCUCAACGCCUGCGGCACUCAGAUCGAGGAAGACGAUGACAAUCUCAUCUUCAAGAACGAAAUCACCACGGUGGACAACCCCAGAGACCUGAUCACCAGGAAGCACCAGUUGGAGUUGCAGUUCUACUGCCGGUACCCAAAACGAGGAAACGUGUCAUUAAGCUUUGUGGUACACAGGAAGAGCAUCACGGUGUGGGAGAAGGGCUUCGGCACGUUCACCUACCAGUUUGAGUUCUACCCUAACAACCUGUUCCAAACCAUGAUCGAUCCAAACUCCUAUCCUCUGGUGUACGAAAUUGGGGACAGGAUUUACAUGAAGAUCGAGGCCACCUCUUCCCUCAACAACACCGAGCUGUUUGUGGAGUCCUGCCAAGCUUCACCGUACGACAACCCCAACUACCACCAAACCUACUCCAUCUUUGAAAAUGGGUGUCAAGUUGAUCCAACUGUUCAGAUCCACUCCCCCGCUCACCAGAAAGAAUUCAAGUUCAGCAUGGAGGCCUUCAAGUUCAUCGGGCUGCACGAUCAGGUGUACAUCAGCUGCUCAGUCAUGAUGUGUGAAGCAGGAAACUCCGGCACCAGGUGUUCAAAAGGAUGCAUGAACUCUACGUUUUCAAGCCCCCGACGCUGGAAGAGAGAGGCUGUCAUCCAGAGUGCAAAUCACUUCGUUUCCCAGGGGCCAUUGCGCUUACGGAGAUCGUCAGAGAGCACCAGAGCCUCAGUGACCAACCUGAAUCUGAACAUGGUGUUCAUCGCUGGAUGUGUUCUUGCAGCUGUCGGCAUGGUCUGCGGAAUGAUCAUGUACAGAGCCAGAGUGUCAAAGGUCCAAUACCAACCUUUGCCAACUUUUGAGAAUUAAAUCAGCAGCGUGUGGAAGUACCUGUUUUAUUUUCAUUACCUGCACAAAGUCUUUUUUUGUGUUUUUUGCCUGGUGUUGAUGUAUCUUUUCAUGUGCUAAUGUAGACAGACUUCAUAUCAACAUCCUUGUGGAUGUCUGCAGCUUUUUUAAGAUUUAAAUUUUAUAGUGAACAAAUCUGAAAGGUGUGUAGUGUUAACAGGUGGGGGGUCUCAUGUAGUUUUCUAACUGUUCCAUUUGUGCUGUGAUACAAUGUGAUUUAAAACAAGUGUUCUGGUUGACAUCUGUGUUUUUACUCUCCAAAACACACAUUUCUCACGUGUCUCAUAACACCUCCUGUGUAUAAACUGUAUCUCUGUCUCACACACUGAAGUGUUUGUUGAAUCGUAAGUCAUUCAUGUGGGAUGGUCGAGUGCUGUUGCUGUAGCUCUGAGUUGUUUAUGUACAUUAACGAAUUAAAGAUGUAACCUCCUGAUAAAAGUCAUCACAAGACCUACCUAAAAUUUACAAACUGCC